CAGCUGGCCGCACUAGAUGACAUGUCUAAGACAUGAGCUAGGGUCGUUACACAUCAUCAAGCGGUGAUGAGAAGUUAUCCCAGCCAUCUGGUUUGUGCUCCUCCAAGGAAACAGGAAACAAGUCGUUUACCAAAGUUCUGUCUGGAGAAUGCAUCAGUCCGUAGGCCACGGCGAGAACUGGGAUCGACAGGGUAGCGUCUCGAAAAAGCCCGUCCCUCGUUCCGACGUGUUAAUUGAUGAUCCUCGUGCGGAGGGGCAACGUGGUGUAGCGGGUCAACAAGCUAUAUCCACCUCGAAGCGAGGACGAUCGCGAGGUCUUGAGGUUGCAGUCUCCUCCGACAAGUUAAUUACGCACCCUCUCCACAGACUACAGCGACCACUGAGCUUCAGGUGCACCCUGCACGUAAGCUUACUCUCGUCACUACUCAGAACCCAGAAACCCGGAGUUGGCACUCUGUUGGGGGGUUUGGCAAAAACCUGCUGCCUGAGUCGCAGUGUAAAUGAGCGCCAUGCAACACCGGCCCGAUGGCGAGUCAGGAUGGAGUGCGAUUUCGGGGAACGUUGCACGCGGAAUGUCUCGCUCAAGCGCUGGCGCUGGGAGUCGGCCGACCCGUGCCAAGAUCGAGAAAAGGCUUUACGGUUACGGAGCACGGGGCGACGCCCUUUUGAGAUUUCGAGGAUUCGACGUUGCACGAGGCUUUGCCCGACCGGUCGCAUCUUUGCGAGGCGGCGGCUCCUAGAGUGCCGGAUACCAAUAACGACGAGAGGGGCUUGACGGGAACCCUGGGUUCGGACAUUGCUCCUUUGUUCGAGUUAUGACUGACAGCCCACGACAA